AUGGCUAUGACUGCCUCUACCUCGAUAACCACUUCAUCCUACGAAUACGACUCCCUCUUUGGCACCAGCACAUCUUCAAGCACGGCCGCUUCAUAUACCGGCUCCGAACAAUACCCUGUGUUCCCAAACGGUGUCUAUAUCUCCAGGUUCUACCUCGUCUCAUCCCAGGACUCUGGUCUCACCGACCUUGACACGGAUCUCUUUGAUGCAUGCUACCUGCCGUUCAACCCGUCACGGCACUACAAUCUCCGCCGGGAUGACGCGACUACAACCAUCUCCCCCAAGCCCACCUAUCUAAUCAACGAAGCUCCGUGUAAACGACAAGCGGCGAUUAAUACUAAUUGCCGCUUCCAAGACACAAACGGCACAUUUUCGGGCCUUCAAGAAUAUUCAGGCGAUUGGGACGUUCAGCAGCAAUGCUAUUGUGACAUAUAUCCUUUCUUUGACUCGGCGGCUGGUUGUCAGGAAUGUUUCAAAAAGCACGGGGGCAUUGAGGGCUACCACUGGUUCCCAGAGAGUUACAUGAAUGGGGUCUCCAGCGCCUACUGUAGCGCCAAUCCUCAAACGACAGGAUUCUAUCCUUUCGCAGAACAGUGGUCGAAGAAAUCGGCGGCCAGUGUGCCGACGACCACUGCUGUUGAUAGCUUGGGCACGCAGACAGCUGCUAGUCUUUACUAUACCUACGCUGCAGAAAGUACAGCUACUAGUGUCGGUAGUAGUGCUGUAGCAAGCACGCGCUUGAGCUUAAGGAGAGCCCUAAUAGCCGUGCUGCCGCUAGCUCUAAUAUUAUCUCAAUAA